UGCUGAUGCAGUUCAGCACCAUUGGCAACCUGGGCAUGGUGAACCUGCAGAGCAUCGAGGUGCACCCCACGUGUCUCCGCCAGAUCGCAACGAGUGUCGAGUGGGCAGUUGCCGGGGUUGCCAUGUCUUCCCUGCCCUACCUGGCUUUGAUGGACGACAAGCGACUUCCCUUCGCCAUCCUCGCAGCCCUGAACUUGGUGGUGGCGUUUUCCGUGUCGUUCCUGCCAGAAUCUGCGCUGCAGCGAUUGCCGGAGACGUUAAGGGACGGUGCCGUCUUUGGCAGAGGACAGCGCUACUGGAGCUGGAAACCCAAACCGACACCAGAGUACGCCAAGGGAUAAAGGAGUUCCAGAAGUUCCUUUUAAUUUAGAAGGAACGAUAAUGCGAUGCUGGCAACCUUCGACUUCUGUUUACUGACGGUGCACAUGACUUGCUCGGCCUGCUAUGAACGAAU